AUGGCACUAGAUCCUCAGGGCAAGACAGCAAUUGUAACAGGUGCGGGCUCAGGCAUCAAUCUGGAAUUCGCGCGGCUACUCCUUCGGCAUGGUGCGAAUGUCCUGUUUGCAGACAUUGCCCUUCGGCCAGAGGCCCAAGCACUGAUUAAUCAGUAUCAAUCAAAACCAAAGGCGGCGUUCCAAAAGACCGACGUCACCUCGUGGACUGAUCUCGAGAACAUGUUCAAGGCUGCCGAGAAGCAAUUCGGCUCCAUCGACAUUGUCUGCCCUGGCGCUGGAGUGUUUGAGCCUCCCUGGUCGAACUUCUGGCAUCCGCCUGGAAGCGCUGAGUCCAAGGAUGACCGGUUCGGCGACAGGUACCGCUCGAUCGAUAUUAAUUUAACACAUCCAAUCCGGGUUACCCAACUUGCGAUCUCGCAUUUCCUCGGCUCUUCGCCACCAGCGAGUCCGUCCAACCCAAAGUCCAUUGUCCAUAUCGCCAGCGUUGCCGGACAAACUGCUUCGCUCCCAUUUCCAAUGUACCAUGCAGCGAAGCAUGGAGUCCAAGCUCUGGUGCGUUGCAUGGAGUCACUCGAACAGUCUCACGGCAUACGAGUCACGGCGGUAGAGCCUGGAGUGGUGAAGACUCCUUUGUUCACCGAGCACCCAGAGAAAUUGAAGGCGGUGGACCGGGAAAAGGACGCGUGGGUCACUCCUGAAAAAGUUGCGGAGGUUAUGCUGGCAUGUGUCAAAGAUCAAAGCAUAGCUAUGUACCCAGAAGGAGAGGCGGGAGUGGACGGCGAGGCUAUUUCCAUCCACGGAGGGUCUUGUCUUGAGGUGCUGACGAGGAGAGUGCGCGACGUUCCCAUGUUCAACAAUGUUGGGCCCUUAGCUGGCGGUGAGCCGGGAGGAAGUGCUAGUAACGUGGCUGGCUUUUACAGUGAUGUCCAAGCCUUGCUGCAACCUGGAUGGGGACAAUGA